CUCAUAUUCCCCCAUCAAUCGUUCGUCAAAAUGCAGAAGGGAAAGAAUACACCCCUCACCCCCGCGCACGCACCUUCUCGGCAAAAUACAACUCCUCCCCACGACAAACCUUUUUUUUUCCCCCCAAUUUCCGCAGCUUUCCACAACAACAAGCACGCAGCCUCCUCGUUCUGCUUCUCCCUCCUCCUCCUCAGUGUCCUCCAUCUCCAAAAGUAGCGAGACGGCAUCGAGCAUGAUCAGCUUAGCCUGCCGUAGCUCAUCUCUCCGCUCCUCCUCGCUCAAUCGCUCCAACUCUCGGUCCUACCUACACCCAUCAUUCUGCUGCAUCCUUGACCGUAUCCGUCGAGGGGGGGCAAGACAGACAACCUCCCCUUUCCCCUCCAGCUUACCGAACGGAGCGUGGAGGAUCCCACCACCGCGCGAUUGAAAAGCCCACGUCACGACAUCUUCCAUCUCGACAAAAGUUCCAUCAUGAACCGUUUCUUUCCUAACUCUCGGCGGGUCGGGUCGGGGGCGGAGGAGGCCACAGGCACCGACCGCCAUUAAGCGGGAUGUGCGACGGGGGGAACGGACAUGUGAGGACUUUCUCAGGAUG